UUUUUCAAACGUCGGAUUCAUUGUGGAGAAAUAAAAUCACACGUUUCAUUAAAAACAACGCUGGUAUUGAGCUUUUUAUAGGUUUGGUUCACUUGCGAUGAACGAAGUGUUGAACAAAAAUUCAAGGAAAGCACACCUCUUUUUUAACUUCAUCAGGAAGUGAAAUACUCGACCAAGGCAGAUGAAGCCGUGAGGAGCAUCAUCUUGUUUUUUUCCAUUUCGUCAUUUUGGGAGGAUAACCUGACAUUUUUGAGAUGUCAGACGGCCCUGACUGUUAUUCCAUGAAUAUUAACCUGCUGAGAGAGCCUGUUCUGAGGCGACUCUGCGAGAUACUGGACAAGACAAAUAGCAAAGGAUGGCGUAAACUGGGAGAAGUGGUCAGCAAUGACAGACGCUUCAGAGUGAGCUCGGACGAGAUGGAGCGAUGCUCCCUGAAAGUUCUGGAGCUGGAGGGAAGCCCAACGCGCAGUUUACUGAGGCUCAUGGGAGAUCGUGGCUGCCUGCUAAAGGACCUGGUGGACUUCCUGCAAGCUAUGGACCACACCGAGGCUCUUCAGUGCAUUAAGCCCGCUGACCCGUCACCGUCACUAGGAAUAAGAAUUGUCAUGCAACCCCAGUCUGUAUCCGCUGUACCUGGCCAAACGGUUCGACUUGACUGUCACGCCAUGGGAAAUCCAGGCAUGCAGUACCAGUGGUUCAAAACAAAAGAUGAGGUGCCUAAUGGAAUUUCCCCAGAACUGGAAUUUAGUCCAGUGCAAGUAAAGGAUACCGGUUACUACAUCUGCCGGGUAAAUUAUGGCGGCACCUUUGAGUUCAGCAAUUGGGCCCAGGUGGAGAUUCUGGAUGCCACACUGACAAGCGGCAUGAUGUCCCAGUCCUUAGAGGGCCGGGUGAAGGUUGUGCUGCAGCCCCAGGAUCAGAGGCUGCCCGAGGAGGCCGUGUUGGAGUUGGAGUGCGGGGCAGUGGGGAGACCCAUACCGCAGUAUCAGUGGUACAGGAACGGGGUGCCCCUCCAGCACGCCUGCAAGAGGAAAUACACGGUCCAUGUAGCGACCAAGGAGCACGAGGGGAAGUACCGCUGCAUGGUGUCCAUCAAGGAUGAGCGCACGUGGUCGCGGGAAGCUGAGGUCCUCAUAGACAGUGAUGAUACCACCAGGUACCGGACUGCAGAAAAGCCCUUUGCAACCGACAAAGUCGCAUUGUUGAUCGGGAACCUGUCGUACCAGAACCAUCCGCAGCUAAGGGCACCCAUGGUCGAUGUGUACGACCUCACCAACUUGCUGCGGCAGCUCAACUUCAAGGUGGUGUCCCUGCUGGACCUCACUGAGUCAGAAAUGCGCAACGCCGUCGACGAAUUCCUGCUGCUUCUGCACAAAGGCGUGUAUGGACUCCUGUACUACGCGGGCCACGGCUACGAGAACUACGGCAACAGCUUCAUGGUCCCCGUGGACGCCCCCAACCCCUACCGCUCGGCCAACUGCCUCUGCGUGCAGAGCAUCCUGAAGCUGAUGCAGGAGAAGGAGACUGGCCUGAACGUCUUCCUGCUAGACAUGUGCAGGAAGAGGAACAUCCACGAUGAUACUACACCCAACGUCGUGUUGAGAGUCACAGCUAACAUCGUCUUUGGAUAUGCGACGUGCCAGGACGCAGAGGCAUUCGAGCUGAACUCCAGCGGAUUCACCAAUGGCGUCUUCAUCAAGUUCCUUAAAAAGCGCCUCCUGGAGGACGAGAAGAUCACGGUGCUGCUGGACCGAGUGGCAGAGGACAUGGGUCAGUUUGACCCCACCAAGGGCAAACAGGCCCUGGAAAUCCGCAGCAGCCUGUCGGAGAGGCGCUCUCUAACCGACCCCAUCCUGCCCAGAGGCUGCUCGGACGAGGCCCAGGCUCGCAACCUGCAGUGGGCAAAGGCGCACGAACUGCCCGAGAGCAUGUCCCUGAACUUUGACUGCGGGGUGCAGAUCAAAAUGGGCUUCGCUGCAGAGUUCUCCAACGUGCUGGUCAUCUACACCAGCAUCGUGAAGAAGCCCGAAGACAUAUCAUCCUGCCAGGCCUAUGUCACCAACUUCAGCCCGGAGCUUGACGUGGACCCCAAGGAGAUGAACAGGGUGACCCCUGAGGAAACUGGAAGCUACCUGCUGUCCAAGAAUCUGCCUCAACACUGCCUGUAUACCCGCCUGAGCUGCCUGCAAAAGCUCCGGGAGCAUCUGGUCUUCACAGUUUGCCUUCAGGGCUCCUUCACAGCCGUGGAGGAGCUGGUAGACUGGACCAUGGAGGUGAACAUCGGGAAGCCUCUGAUCGCCAAGCUGGACCUGCACCGGCCCGUGCGCCGCAAUAGCUGCCUGCAGACAUGCCUGAUGCCCCACAGCCCCUCCCACAGCCCCUGCCACAGCCCCGGGGCCGAGCAUCUCCAGCAGCACUGCUACUUCCCGUCAGCACACGGGAGCACGUACCUCGAAGUAUAUGAGCCUUCCCAUAGCUCCCACGGCGCCCUCUACUGGGGGCACCCGCACUGCGAUCCUCCCUUCUACAGUCGCUACCACAUGGGUGACGGUGAUGAAGACCCUCCCUUUCUGGAGUCCCACAGUAGAAUUAACAUUCCCAUAGAAGCCACGGACGACAUUGACGAUCUGCAGACAAGCUUCAUCAACAGCCUGCAGAUUCACGGCCAGCAAUGACACGCUGGUCACUGGGCCAAACAGUAGCAUGUUGUUACCCGUAGCAUCCUAACAGUCCUUGUUCCUGUUUUAUUUGUAUGACAGCUGGUUGUAAAUGUGUAGAAUUUUGUCAUAUAUACUUUGUGAAUGUAACCAGUACCCAGAAGGAUUCUGCUCUGUAAAAUAGCCAGCUGUAAAAAUGGGUAAAACUGUGACUUUAGGAAAAUAAUAUGUCUUUCAUUUUUUGUUGCCAAUAAGGUUUCAUCCGCGGUGAGUACUGUCUGAAUAAUCUCCUCUGCAGCGUAGCACUUAAGUCGUUAUUACAUUUCUCAUUACAUAAGCCGCAGACGGGGAUUACCUUAAGCCACUCUAUCUGCAUAUUGAUACCAUCACCGAUUACGCUUGAAAUCUCCGCUACCUAGUUAAUUCUUGCCAAGUCAGAAUAUUUCAUUUCCUGUCGGUGCCUGAAAGCUCGAGGCCUCGGCGUAUCCAGCAUAGUGUCUUAUGCAGCACUGUUGGUCAGUUGGAAGCAGGACAGCAUUGGCUUCGUUUCCGUGCACUGGACAGAAGAUGUGCUGUUCGGACAUCCCUGGUAUUACAAAUGCAAGUUGUGUGGAUUAUUAUUGUCUGUCUUAUUACUAUUAAUAAAAUGUUGGUUAUUUAAUGUA